AUGCCAGAGGGCGUGGCUGUGAGUGAGGAAGGUGAUGCCAGCGACAUCACCAAAGCUACAACUACCCCAGCAGGUGAUGCCAGCGACAUCACCAAAGCUCCAAGUACCCCAGCAGGUGAUGCCAGCGCCAUCACCAAAGCUCCAAGUACCCCAGCAGGUGAUGCCAGCGCCAUCACCAAAGCUCCAAGUACCCCAGCAGGUGAUGCCAGCGCCAUCACCAAAGCUCCAAGUACCCCAGCAGGUGAUGCCAGCGCCAUCACCAAAGCUCCAAGUACCCCAGCAGGUGAUGCCAGCGCCAUCACCAAAGCUACAACUACCAAGGCAGAUGAUGCCAGCGCCAUCACUGAAGCUACAACUACCAAGGCAGAUGAUGCCAGCCCCCCGACCCCUGCUUCAGGUGACAAGGUCUAUGAUGUGAAGGAAGCCGGUGUGGUGAUGACCCCGGCCUCGAGCUGUGAGGUCAAUGAUGUGAGAAAACCCAGCGGCGCGGCCGCGGACUCCAGCAGCCAGACUCUCCGCCGCCGGAAGGCAAGGAAGCCCAAGCGGCGCGCCCGCGGCAGGGACACCGCGACUUCCAGGACACACGACGCCCCUUACACAUGGACGGACGCAUUUCUAGACGGCACGGCGAUCUGUGCCGUCAACGUGUCCGGCGUCCAGGCGUACUGGACGUACUGGUGA